CUGGCGCCCGGGGAUGACGCAGUGCUCCCUGAUUGGCUCUGCAGCGGAGGCGGUGGUUUAGGGGGCCGAGAAUUCUGCUAGCCGGACACGUGGUAGCGAAAUACGAGGAGUUUGAGGGGUCUCAAGGCCAAAACAAGGUGGGAGGUGUGCAGGUCCAGAUUCUCCCAAAUCGUGUAAGCUUCACUGCAUCUCAGAGAGAAAAGGGCCUCCUUUCCACCGGCCUCUGCUCAAGAAUCAGACUCUCAGCCGGAAGUGUUUUCUGGACUGCACAGGUAGAGGAAUCUCUUAGGAUGAAGCUGAGUCUUACCAAGGUAGUUGAUGGCUGUCGCCUAGGAAAAAUAAAAAACCUGGGCAAAACAGGGGACCACACCAUGGACAUUCCAGCCUGCCUUCUAUACACCAAGACCGGCUCUGCCCCACACCUGACCCAUCAGACACUGCAUACUAUCCACAGGCUUCCUGCCAUGGCUCAGCUUACGCUGUCCUCGUUGGCAGAACACCAUGAAAUCUUGGCGGACUAUAAGGAAGGAAUUGGAAAGUUUAUAGGCAUGCCAGAAUCACUCUUGUACUGUUCCCUGCAUGAUCCAGUGAGCCCCUGCCCAGCCGGUUAUGUAACAAACAAGUCUGUGUCCGUGUGGGGUCUUGGGGGACGAGUGGAAAUGACUGCUUCCAAGUUCAUGGCAAUUCAGCAGACCCUUCAGCCAGACUGGUUCCAGUGUCUGUCAGAUGGAGAGGCAUCUUGCGAGGAAGCAACUUCCAUAAAAAGAGCCAGGAAGUCUGUUGAUCGAUCGCUUCUAUUCCUGGAUAAUUGUCUACGGCUACAGGAAGAGUCAGAGGUCCUUCAGAAAAGUACCAUCAUUGGAGUGAUUGAAGGUGGAGACGUGAUGGAGGAGAGGCUGAGGUCAGCACGGGAGACCGCCAAGCGGCCCGUAGGUGGCUUCCUUCUGGAUGGCUUUCAAGGGAAUCCAGCAACCCUGGAAACUAGACUGUACUUGUUGUCAUCAGUCACCGCAGAGCUGCCGGAAGACAAACCAAGGCUAAUCUGUGGAGUCAGCCGGCCAGAUGAGGUCCUCGAGUGUAUUGAAAGGGGAGUGGACUUAUUUGAGAGUUUUUUCCCUUAUCAAGUGACAGAGCGGGGAUGUGCCCUGACUUUCAGCUUUGAUUACCAGCCGAACCCUGAAGAGACACUAUUACAACAAAAUGGGAUACAGGAAGAAAUAAAAUAUGUGGAUCAAACAAAGAAAAUUAAAACAACCAGUUGCAACCAAGAAAUGACAUCAUUUGAAAUUAAUCUGAAGGAAAAAAAGUACCAGGAGGACUUUGAUCCACUUGUGAGAGGGUGUUCCUGUUACUGCUGUAAGAAUCAUACUCGUGCGUACAUCCACCAUCUGCUGGUGACCAACGAGCUGUUGGCUGGGGUCCUGCUUAUGAUGCACAACUUUGAACACUAUUUUGGAUUUUUCCACUCCAUCCGGGAAGCACUAAAAAGCGACAGACUGUCACAGUUGAAAGAGCUCAUCCGCAGGCAAGCAUCUUGAGACCUGGCAUACGCAAGUCUGACUCUUUACACUGAGCCUGUCCCGCUGUUGGAAUGUGGGAAGAAGAGAACAAGAAAUGAUCUUAGCUUUAAUCAUUUAUAUUUGAGAAUAGGAUCUGCUUAUAAAUAAGGAACGUUUGAACAAACUCUGCUGACUUGAGGGUAAAGAGAUUUCUUCCAAAGACUUAAGUGACCCCAGCUGAUCAGAAAGAAUUGAACCAUGACCUCUAAUAUUUCAGUGCUAACUUUCAGUCAAUGGAGAUUCGUUUAGUCAAAGACAAAAGCUUUAGUUGUGAAGGGGCAGCCCUGAAGCAGGGUUGAUGAGAUUGUGUGGGUUCAGAGAGUUGGAUCAGAGCUUGAAAAGGGAUGAUUGGUCACGAGCAGCAUGACUUCUGUAGACACAUGACUGCUGACUGUAAAAGCAAUCUGGCUAAUUUUAAGAGUUUCCUAGUUUUAAUCCUUAUAUUCUCAGGAGCCUCUUAGACACUUGUGCCUUCCAAGCUGCCUCACUGCUGCAGUCAGUCAGAAAAGGUUCUGGUGACUUAAGUAGGCUCGCAUCUUCAUGGAAUGUGGGGCUCACACAUUGCUCCUAGGAUCAGUUGGCCCAGGGCACCUUCGUUUGACCACAUGAUCUAUGUGUGACUUGUCUCCUGAGAGCCCAUGCAAUUGCCGGUUACGAGGUGAAAGUUUGCCUAGAUGCUUUCAUUUGGUCAUACAGAUCCACUUUGGUCUGCCCUUCAGGCCAUUAAUAGUCUGACCACAUAAGAACUGUAGCCCCAGCAGUUGGGGAGAUUCAUUCACCAUGUGUUCACUUGGACAGAGCCCUGGCCUGGCAAAUGGAAGCUUGGGUUUCAGUUCUACUCAGCUGUGACACCAGGCAAAUCACUUAACCCCUCCAUGCCUAUUUCCUCCUGAACAAACAUGGUCAGGCAUGGGGGGUAGGACUACAUGAACUUCCAAGAUUCUAUCUAGCUGUAAUGUUGGGGGAACAAAAAGUUGUCAAUGACAGUCAUAACCUUCUUGUGUCCUUGUUUACUGAUCACUGUUGGCCUAGUGAAAAGUGCAGUGGUACCAGGAAUCAGGCAACAGUCGAGAUGUUUGAGAGCCUAGAAAGAGGUUUGGCCUGUGACUUCUGAAGUGGUUGGUGAGUUGGCAUCAGCAGAUCCUGAGACUGGGAAGACCUUCCUGGAUCAUCUCUGAUUCUAUGAGUUUUUUCUGCUCUCACCAAAGGAGUGACAUUCGUGCUGAUGUGACAGGUGAUUUUUAUUUUCCUUGGGCUUUUCUAUAUUUGUCAUGUUUUCUGUAAGAGUACAUUCACACAUAGUUUUUGUAAAAACAACCAACAGAACCAAAAAAAUGCCUUUGUUUUUGUAGGAGCAUGGAAUAUAUUUGUUUUACAUUCUUAGGCUAUAUUUUGCUAUUUUUUUCAUUUCAGUGGGCAUUACUGACAUUGUUUUUAAUUAUGUGGUUACUCUAUUUUUAUGUGUUAGGUAUCUAUAUGUUUUUCUUUUAUUAAUGAUUUAGGAAUGUCCAUGACAUUCCUAUAGUCUCUCCAUGAAUGGCAAGGGUAGUUAGGAAAGAGUUCUGCUCUCAAGGAUCUGCUUGCUUUGAAAUAUAUUGGACUAGACUCGUUCAUAUGUUUAUAUUCCUGUUCAAGGCCAUAUCCAUUGUUGGAAGAGUAUUAAUAUCCCAGAGUCCAUAUAAAAUUUAUGAGUUUUAUUUAUGUUCAAAACACUGUGUUCUGCUCAAGCAUUGUUCAUUUUUCUGGGUCUUUUUCUUAUUAGCACAUUUGGAAAAAAUGUUUUUUUCCUUUAAUGUAAGUCAAUUAAAGUCAAUAGCCAAUAAACAUUUUUAAUUA